AUGAUUCAAGAUCUGCUUGAAGAAGAAGAAAGAGUGCAAACCCUCAUUGAUGAACUUGAUUCUGACUCCGAUGAAGAAGAUUCAGAACUAGAAGGUAUUAUUAACAAUCCUGCGUUUGCUGGAUGGAACUCAAUAAAAUCAUCAUCAAAAUGCUAG